AUGAUACAAUCCCAAGAUGCUUAUUUAUCUGGCAUGACCAAUGAAGAAAUUGAACUAUUGAAAAAACUUGAAGAAGAGAAUCGGCGUAUUGCAUAUGAUUUAAAAUCACCCUCAAGCGUAAUUCUCAACCCUAUCGUCAAUGCAUGUUCACCUGAAUUACAUAAUGAACAAGGACGAGAAGAUUCAAUUUCCAGUGAUUUAAAUAAUUUAACAAUUGAUAGUGAUGGUAAUCUUGAAAAUGAAUGGGUUAUAUGGAAUAAAUUGGUUAAUAAUUGGCCUGUAUAUAUGAAGAAAAAAUCGAUAUGGAUAAAAGAUUUAAUUCGACAUGGUGUUCCAGUUCAUUUUCGUCCAUUACUUUGGCAAUGUUUAACUAAAAUUGAUACAACAAAUGUUAAACAAAAUUAUGUUGGAUUAAUGAAAAUGUCAUCACCAUGUGAGAAAGCUAUUCAAAGAGAUAUAACAAGAACAUAUCCUGAACAUCAAUUUUUUAAAGAAAAAAACGGUCCUGGACAAGAAAGUUUAUUUAAUGUAAUUAAGGUUGGCUACUGUCAAGGUAUCGGUUUUAUUGCUGGUCUUCUACUUAUGCAUAUGCCUGAAGAAGAAGCUUUUGCCGUAUUAGUGUCGAUAAUGCAGGAUUAUACAAUGCGUGAAAUGUAUAAACCUGAUAUGUAUCAUUUAGGCCUUUGUAUGUAUCAACUCGAAUGUUUGAUUCAAGAAUAUUUACCUGAUCUUUAUCGACAUUUUCAAGCUGAAAAUUUUCAUACAUCAAUGUAUGCAUCAAGUUGGUUUUUAACUAUAUUUACAACACAAUUUUCAUUGAAUAUGGCUUGUCGUACAAUAGAUUUAUUUUUAAGUGAGGUAGAUGAUUAUUCAAUAGAUGAAAAAAAUUAA